CUGAAAUAAAAACAAACGUGUGCGCUCUCCGUCUUUUGCAUAACAUUCGUGCGGCAUUUUUCAAAAGCAGUUUUAUUUUUUUCAAUUAAACUUGAUAUUUUUGUAAGCUAAAUAACAAUAUGCCUACUUACGAGCUGUCUCUGAUCCUGCGACAAAUGCCAAGGCCGGAGUUGAUUUCAGUGCUGAAGCGCACCGCGACCGCGAUCUUCGACAAGGGCGGCGUAAUCCGCAAGCUGGACAACCUGGGCACCAAGCCGCUGCCGUUCAAGACCAGCGUGCACGGGCUGGUUCACCGGACGGGGUCGUACUUUGUGGUCAAGUUCGACACGCCCCCCGCGACGGUCGAGGACCUGGAGGAAGAGUACGGCCGCGACGUGGACAUUAUUCGGAAGCGAAUCUACAAGGCGGACGCCGCCCUGCACGAACCCGUUAGCUGUACGCUGCACGAGGAGAUGCUUCCGCCGGCUUACCGGAAGGACGUCCAGAAGAUGCUGGCCACCGCCGCUCGGAACAAGAAGAAAGGCUUCCAGUACAACACGGGGCUGGAUUACUAUCCGUUCCAGAAGUAGGGGGUGUGUUUUGUUUUACCGCUUAGUUAAAUAGAUUAAAGGAAGUGUUCGGAAAAUGAAAAA